AUGAUCAAUUUCAUUGGACAACAAUUGGUCAGUAAGGACUUACCAAAUUUCGAACGUAUUCGUAAUGAACUAAGUCGAACAUUAGAUAAACUUGCAAUGGAACGAAUAAAUAAUCCAUAUUCAAGCGUUACAUCUAUACGUUCAUCAACUGGUAAAUUUGUAAAAUUUGAAGAAGAUUCUCAACGACAACAACCAACAAGUUCAAUAAAAAGACCUUCGACAAUACCAACAACAGUUCAACCUAAACCUAAAUAUGAUAAUAAUUAUAAAUCAACAAAAUUUGCUUCUGAUGAUGAUGAAAAAACAAAUACAUAUGACAGUGAUGAUGACUAUGAUCAACCAACUAAAUCUGGAUUUACUAAUGAUAUUCAACCAUCACCUAGAAAAAACGUUCCAUCAACCGGUGUAAGUGCAUUAGUUUCAGGAAAUAUAAAACCAGUGACAACAAAUAACACAAAAACAAUUUCAGCACUUGUUAGACCAAAAUCAACAAUUAAUGAAAAUGAAACUGAAAGUGAUGAAGAAAGUCAACCAAUACCUAACGUAGCAACAAAAACACAAGUUCUUGAUAAAAAAUUAAAUGAAAUAAGUUCAAAAGGACAAAAACCAACUAUAAAUGCUAUUGCACAAGGUUUUCAACCAUCUCAUAAAACACUUUCUACUAAAAAUAACAAGGCUGAUGAUGAUGAUGAUAGUAGUGAUAGUUCAAUAACUUCCAUUCACGAUACAAAUCCUUACCGAAAACCAUCUGUUGGUACUCUUCCACAAAAUUCAGGUCGACAAUCACUGACCCAUAAUCAAAAUUUAUCAUCCGGUGAUGUUUCUCAAUUUACUUAUGAUUCAAUAUGGAAAUCACCAGCUGGUAAAGGUCCUGAUCUUCGGCGACCACCAACAGCUGAUUCAGCUAAAACUUCAAAUAUGGAUUCUGAUGAUGAUCUUGAAGGAGAAGAUUCGAAUUAA